AUGGUUGAAAUUGAAUCUCUGACCGUAAUAUCUACGUCGUUUUCUGUGUUUUCACUAAUAACUUGCCUCAUCACGAUUCCACGACUCUACACAAUUAUCGAUUUGCUGCAAUAUGAAGUGUCGGAUGGUGUAGAUGAAUAUCGAAUGGAAACAGACGCUGCCUGGAUGUUAUUAUUAGAUAUACGAAUGAAUGUGGAGCCAAAUAAAGUUAGAAUGAAUCCGUUUGAGUCGCUUUUCCGGGAAAAACGGAAAAGUAAUGAACUACCGGUAAGUUAAAAUUUUUUUUGAAAUUUUAAGUUUUAGGCCUACUGCGCAUGUGAAUUAACAAAGCCGAAUUGCCCACCUGGUCCACCCGGACCAGCUGGUAUACCAGGACCAAAAGGAAAGCCAGGAAAUUCUGGAGUGCCAGGAGAGGACAACCAUUCCACAUUACCUCCAGUUGUUUGUGAAACACCGGAACAGCCAUGUAUUAGAUGCCCGAAUGGACCGCCUGGACUACCUGGAGAAGAUGGCGCAGUUGGGCCGAAGGGCAUUGAAGGUACUGAUUUGAAAAAUUGAUUUUGGGUCAAAAAGAUUGUGGAGGUGCCUGGGCCGAUUUUUAGCACUUUAUUUUAUGCUUUUAUAUUGGCAUUGACAUUAUUUUAGCUAAAAUAAGUUUAUUUAAGGCCAGCUAUUCAUUUUAACGCUAAAACUUUUUCAGGAGAUCCGGGAGCACCAGGAGAACCAGGCGCAAAUGGCGCAUUUGGACCACCAGGCCCGCCUGGAGAUGUAGGACCAGAAGGCGAAGCCGGCGAACGAGGAGGACCAGGUGUACCAGGCGCCGACUCAACUACAGUAAUCGAGAAACCGGGACCAAAAGGUGAGCCAGGCCCACCAGGUCGACCCGGUCCACAUGGUGUUGUGGGACCGGACGGUGAAGAUGGCGCCCCAGGACCACGUGGUCCUAUUGGUCCAGUCGGCCCGCCCGGACCACCUGGUGGUCCAGGAAGGCCCGGACCGCCCGGCGAUCUUGGAAUCCCCGGCGUCGACGCUGCUUAUUGCCCAUGUCCCGCCCGCAGCAGUGUUUUCAUCAGCCAAACUAAAAAACCCUGCCGUCCGAGGAUUUUUCAUGGGCGCAGCUCGCUGUGAAAUCGACAGUGGCAUGAAGAUAUAAAGGAUUUUUUUAAAUUUGAUAAAUUUGAAAAAUGAUGAUUAGAAACAGUGAAAAUGACAUAAUUUAGAGUAAAAUUGAUUUUAUGAUGGCAUUUUUGAAAAUUUGAUAAAAAUGACAUUUUUGAAAUUUCAUGCAAAAAAUGACAUCAUUAUGACGGAUUUAAAAAAAAUAUAAGUAAAAUUUUGAAAACAGCGUAUAAAAAAGUCUGAAAUUUGAAAAAAUCGUGUAGAAUCUGAAUAAACUUGUAAUAUUGACACAGCUUCUCCCAAAUGUUCUUGUUCAUCCAAUUCGAGGCAUUUCUGGAUUCUGUUUCCAUUUUUUGUUUUUAGUUAUUACAACAUAUUAUACUAACUAUUGGAGUUGUACCAGUGAAAAGCUGUGCUAAUAAGCUUGUAUUUUUUAUUUUUUUUCUGGCUAAAACUUGGUCAAGAGCCUGUUUCAAAUAAGCUCAAAAUGUAAGUGAAGGAAGGAACAUUAUUGAUGGUUUUGGAUGUGUUUGUAACAGUUUUUGUAUUAUAUUCUAUUUUUUGUUUUAGUAGUGUUUAUAGUUUGUCACAUACAAGUUUUUGGUUAAAAAGGAGGGGACAACAAUGUCUUUAGAUGGAUUUAAAAAAUUUUUUUUAUUUAACAGGGGGGGGAGGGCUCAAACGAUGGCUAAGCUUGUUGGUUAAAAAUGUAACAAAAAAAAGGUCAGGGUUUGAGCUAAGGACCGGCUUGUAAAACAGGCUGAAAAAAUUAAGUUUGGUCGCUUUAAAGGUCUACCUAGAACUGGUAUUUUUUGAUCCGCGUUAUCUUGCAUUUUUCUGGCCUUGCCUUGCCUAAAGGCCUUUACUCGCUAAAUCGCCAUAAAAAUUGUCUUGUCUUUUAAAUCAGGACUUAAAGUUUGAAAGCUUUUUCACAAGAACUUGUUUGAACCACAGUAUACCGUUGUCUAUAGUAUAAUAAUGAGUAUACCUUUAUUGUCUCAUUCUAUCUUAAAACUAACCUUUUUACCCUAAAACAAACCCCUUUUACAGGCGUGCCAUGGAUUUAGCGAAAAUGCGAAAUGUAUGCAUGAAAAGCCUACUAUGUUCAUGUAUUUUGGUCAUCAUUGUCUACGCAAUACUCUACCCUGAAUUACCGAAACCACCACAAGAUGUUGUUAUACAUUCAGAUGUUAUUUUAAAUGGUGUUGGAAAGAAUUCUGAUAGUAUAGUAAAUGAUGUCAGAAGAGAAACGAAGAAUGCGACAAACCAGAGGCCUUCAAAUGUGGCAAUUAAUGAUGUUGUUGAACAUGAAGAGGUCAAAAACUCUAAAGAAUUACGAGAUUACGAAGCUGUUCAUGAGUUUUUGAAUUCUGGUCAAAGUGGCAGAAAGGAGAGGAAUGAUAUAAAAGAGGUUGAAGAAGCUGGGAAAGACGGUGGAGAAAUAAGAAAGGAUAAAGAAGAAGUAAUACAAGAUGAUAAACGAGUAAAGAAGGAACAAAAAGAAGUUAAGGUGGAUAAAAAAGAAGUAAAAACGGACAAAACACAAUUGCAAAAUGAGGAGAAAAAAGCCAAACAGAAUGAUAAAGAAGCCAAAAAUGAUGAAAGGAAAGUAAAACAUGACAAAAAAGAAGCACAAACAGAUGAAAAAGCUGAAAAGCAGCUUACAAAUGAUGUGAAAGGUAGCGACAAGGAAAUCAAAACAAAUUACAGGUCAAAUAAAUUAUCAGAAGGCCAUGAACACCUACAGCAACAAAGAAAUACUUCUAAAAAUUCUACGAAAAGUGGUAUAAACACAAUUUUAUAUGACAGGCCAAGACCAGAUGCACCAUCAAAGCCUUCUAGCCACAGUGCAAAUCCUUUGAAUUAUUCUGAAUCAAAAACAAAUCCUAUAGAUCGACAUAGUAGACGACAAAAGAUUGAAGACAAUGUAAAACCAAGUUCGAGAAGUCAGAACAUAUUCGAAUCUGAUGUAAAGAACGUUGUUUCAAAAACUUCUGAUGAUCCGUUUACGAAGCGCCCAAUUACUAAAACUCCACUACGAAGAGCUUUCAGGAAGAAUAUGGAUAGAACUGGACAGCUGAAUGAACAUCGAACUACUAUUACUCCGAAAAGUGAGUAAUUUAAAAAUAUUUGCGUUCAGAUGUCAUUGACAUAUCAAUAAAAUUAAAAUUUGAAAAGUCGGCGUUUUGAACCACAAAGUUAGUAUUUUAGAGGGUUUCGGAUUUUAAAACGGGAUAGAUGGGAUGGAGCUGAACUCACGCAGUAUUUUGCCUGGACCGUCCUGACGAGUUUUUUUUUGGUCCGGCCGCGCUUUAUUUUUUUCGGAAAUGUUCGCUCUGGUACAGUCCGUUUUUGUUUUUAUAUUUACCGGAAAACGAUUGGUAUAUAGUAAGAUAUUGAUUCUGAAAAAAAAAUUUUUUUUCGGAUUGAACUAAAAUUUUUCGUCUUGACCUGUUCGGACCGGACCAGAAUGUGGUUUUUUAGGUCUGGUUCAAAGUUUUUUUCAUACGGAUCGGACCUGGGUUCGGCAAAACACUGGAUCUACCUCGUUCCUCCUUUAUAAUGUGAAAAUAUCAUGAUGACGAAUAUUUAAAUGUAAAAUACGUCUGGGAAAAAACAAUUUAAGUAAUGUAAACACAAAAUUCGUGUUUUUUUUGUCUGAAUAAGGAACUAAAUUUUAUUUUUUUUUAAUGUUUGCACUAUUUAAUAAAUAUACAUAAUACAGUGCAGCUUCUGUAUAAGGAAUUCUUCUAUAAUAUAAUAUCCUGCAAAAAAUUGUAGCGAAACUUGUUUAUAACGAAGAAAAAAGCGAUUCACUAUACGCGAAUUAUAAUGUAAAUCUUAGAUUGUACGUACAAACAGUAAGAUACUUGGGUAUAGCAAAGUUUUGCUUUCUUGAAAGUUUUUAAAAGAUGAAAGUAUUUUCUUUAUGUUAUUUGGUCAUUACCUACUAGUAUACAAUUAAAAAUUAAUUUACUUUCAGCUGCAGAACAACUUGAUCCCCUAAUAAACCAAUAUCAACAAAUAUUGUCCAAAGAAUCGGACGUUCCACUACAAAACCUACCAAAGAAUUCACCGCUGCGCUACGCUUUGCUACGCACCCAACAUAAGCAUACAUUGAAGGAGAAGCUAGAGAACUAUGAAUCCGGUCGGAUCCGAAUCGACGAACUUAUCGACCAAGUUGAAGAUGAAUUACCAUCAAUCGACGAUUAUCAGCUGGCUGAAAAAUCUUCGAAAAUUUUGAAUUUCGAGAAAAAAUUUAAAUUCGAACAAAUCGACUUGGAAUUCAAAAAUUACAAUGAAAGCUAUGGAUCUACCGUGCCGACUUCAGCUGACUGCCAGAAUGCGACAAUGUUUGUGGCGAUUAUGACGACAGCUGACAGGGAUGAGUACUUUCGACGGCUGAUUAUUCGUUACACGUUCUUGGGAAAGGUAAGAAGUUUUUGUUGACAUAUUAGGUUGUUCACAUAAUUCUGCGCUCCUUUACUCCGAAAAUUUGCUUUGAGGGGGGGGGGGCGCAGGAUUAAGGGAACAACCUAAUACAUCGGAAAUUCUUGCACCAUAAACUUUGUGUGACUCUGCUAAUAGUGGUAAACAUGAGCAACGGGAUCGGCUAGGCUUAAUUUCAGUCUUUCUUAGCAGUGUUUUGCCGGUCCGGACCGAGGUCCGGUCAGGUCCGGACCGGUCCAAAAAUUUUUUUUCCCGACCGGACCGGACCUCAGGAACCGCCGGACCGGACCUCUUGAAAACCUUCCGGACCGGACCGAAAUUUUUUUUAUUUUUUUUGCGGGGAGAAUAGAGGGGCGGGUCUUGUGAAUGUUCGGCGGACGGUCGGCGGAGGCCGGCUGAGGCUAUUUUGUUGCUUUUUCCAAUCCAAAACCUUGAUUUUGGGUCCCUGUGACACCUGAUAAUUUGUCAAAACGUUUUGCAAUCAAAAAAUGUUUUUCUCUGCGUCGGCGAACAAUCGGCGGAGAAAAAAUUUUUUGAUAAUCUUUUUUUUUAAGUUUGAAAUUUGAUUAAAAAGGUUGCUAAACUCAAAAGAAUAUCUUCAGUUUUUAUCCGGUAAAAAAUAUUAAAAAUUGCCCAUGAUAUGGCCUUCGCCGAUUUUCUUCCCCGACUGUCCGCCAAUUUGAAAUAAAUAACUUUUUUAAUUUAAAAAAAGUAAUUAAAACAGUUAAAAAAACUUAAAAGAAUAGUCUCAGCUUUUUUCCGGUAAAAAAAUAUUGAGUUUGAGCCGUGUUGUGCCCUUCGCCGAGUCUCUCCGCCGAUCGUCCGCCGAUUUUGAAAAAUGUAACUUUUUUAGUUUAGAAUUGGAUUUAAAUGGUUUAAAAGCUUAAAAAAAUAUCCCCAAUCUUUGUCCGGUGGAAAAAUAUUGAGUUUGAGCGGAGUUAUCGCCUUCGCCGAUUUUCUCCGCCGACGCGGAGAAAUUUUUAAAAAAUCCGGACCGGACUUUUUCGGCCCGGACCGGACCUGAGCGGAAAAAAAAUAGAGCCGGACCGGACCGGACCGAAAAAAUUCUCAUCCGGACCGGUCCGGCAAAACACUGUUUCUUAGGCUUGAUUGGCUAGAUUAAAAAAUCCUUGAGCUUGGCUCGUUUUUCAAUUUGUUUAAGCUUGGUCUAUCUACUUAGCGGGGACAAUCUGCAAAGAUUCUUGCCGAAAAGUUAAAUUUUUUGGCUGUAAAGUAUUUAGGUACAAAUUUUAUACUUUAGGUUUUUUUGUGAUAUACAAAGUAUUUAUAAUAAGGAUUUGUUUUUGAAGACUUGAGUGUUGUACUCUUACUGCAUAUAGUAGUAUAUGUUAUAUUUCAAAAUUUUUAAACCAAUUUUUAAAUUCAAAAGUUGCAGGCAGUCCCAAAAAACAUUUGUCAUCGUUUCUUCAUUGGAUAUCAGCCAGAAAUGCCAACCAAAGAAUUGGAAGAAGAAAUGAACCUGUUCAAUGACAUUGUCUAUUACGACGCUUAUGACACAUAUCGUCGGAAUUUUGUCAAAUGGUACACAAUGUACGAAUGGCACUUGAGGUUCGCACCAAAUGCGAAAACAUUUGUGAAGCUGGAUUCUGAUACCGUGAUGGAGCUGAGUCGACUUCAGCAAUGGAUGGAGGUGAAAUUUGAUAUGGGCAUUGAUAUGAAGGCACCAUGGAUGGUAUGUGAGGCUAUGGAGUAUCGGCAUCCGGUUCGGAACCCGAAGACUAAUCGAUGGUGGGUUUUGGAGUUAUGGUGGAACUUCCGUAUAAAGAAGAAAUUUAAACCCUAAAGUGAUUUGUUAUACAAGAGUUCAAAUAUACUUCUAUACUAAAUAGGCCUUAAAAGGGGACUACAAGGUUUGGCUGAACCAUAUUUGAAAGAGUUCGGGCCGGUAUAUGCCUUUCCAAUGGCUGGGGCUCAAAACAAGGCCUCAGAGGCUCAGCUUAGGUCCCGCAACGAAAGAUUAGAAAAGAUUUGCAAACUUUGGUUUUUAUUCUUUACUUCUAACAUUAUAUGCCAUUUUAGGUACAUAUCGGUGAAAGAAUACGCAUACGACAUGUACCCAACAUAUUGUUUUGGCUACGCGGUAGUGAUGAAUACUCUGGCCGUAAAUCAGAGUAUAACAGCGAUGAAAGACGUGGAAAUGUUCCACAUGGACGAUGUUUUGUACACGGGAGUUGUGGCACCAAUAGCUGACAUAAAGCUAUACGAUUUCAAAGGGAUUCGAACUCAGGUCGGUUUAUAUUUUGAAGGAACAUGGGUUGAGAAAGGGUGGAGCAGAGACUUUGUUGCAGAUUUUUUAAAAAAAGGGGGGGGGAGCCAAAAAUUUUUUUCUUGUUUUUUUUUCGUACGACGACUUUCACCUCGAACUAUGUCCUGGGCCGAAGAGAGAGCUUUGCAGGGUGGUGUGACUUCUUGUUUUUUAAUUUAAAACAAAAAAAAAUUUUAAAAUUUUGAAAUUUUUUUAAAAAAAUUAAAAAAUUUUUUUAAAUUUUAAAAAAAAAGUCAACUUUUCCCAAUUCCAGCUCCUAGCCCACCUGGCAGAAAUAAAAAACGAAACAACCUUCUGCAAAGACAAUUUGCCUUACCCAAUCGCCAUGCAUAAUGCCAAAACCCCCUCCCUAAUCCACUUCAAUUUCAACUUUUUGUCUCACAUUGACUGCAGUGUGGUCCCACCUACCGAAACCCAAACCCCACCCAUCCCCAACACCUUUUCUGCGUCCCAGUUCUUGAGUCCAACGAAGACGAAUCAAAAGUGGGCGCAGUCGUACCAAAUGUGGGCGCAGUCCGCAAAUGCCGUAGUGCGGAAGAGCAAAUCCGGUGGUAAAUUCGGACUGGUGCAGGUGGAGCCGGAUGAAGGGCAAAGCUACAUGCCCAACUUACGUGCGGUACUGGCGGAGGAUCCGGCGGUUGGGAAUGGGCUUAAAAGGAAUUGA